GAAGAUGGCUGCGACAGGGCAGGAGGCAGCUGCGUUGGACGGCGCUGUUCGAGUACCUGCACCCCCCGCAGUGUUAGAUCUGAAGCGCGGUGCGGAACAGAGGGGGGACGUGGGGCACGAUGCGCCGGGUGAAAAUGCAGUGUCGGCACCGAGAAGGCCCGCCGGUAACAAUGAUGGCGGUGUGGAAACGGCAGAGGAGGCUACCGAGCCUGUGCAGCCUGACAUCGAUGAGCUCUGCAGAGACAUGUUUGACAAAAUGGCAGUGUUUCUUCAAGGAGAACUCACAGCCACGUGUGAGGAUUAUAAACUUCUGGAGAACAUGAACAAACUUACCAGUCUGAAGUACAUGGAGAUGAAGGACAUAUCCAUUAAUAUCAGUCGCAACUUACAAGAUCUCAAUCAGAAAUAUGCAAGCUUGCAGCCAUAUCUUGACCAGAUAAAUCAGAUUGAGGAGCAGGUUACUGCUCUGGAACAGGCAGCAUAUAAACUUGACACAUAUUCCAAAAAACUGGAUGGCACAGUGAGACCAAGCAUUGCCCUCCGGUCAUGCUCCACAUAUGAGAUCAGACUAGGCCAAGUUUAAGAAACUGGAGAAGCGGUGAAGUGGGGAAGGGUGUGUGUGUGUGUGGUAACGUGGAGUCCUACGGCAAGCUUCAGAACUCGCUGGCCCCGUCUGCUUCAGGAGCCUCUGUAAAAUGCCAAGCCACUUACGGGUUUGGGAUACACAAGGUUUUUAUCAUUACUAUUAUAGUUCCACGUUUCUGCUUUUCAAGGAGUUUGUGGAAAAGCUCUAUGACAGUGUCUGUAAUGGUCCACAUUAAGCUCAGACUGCAUGGGCUAAGGUUUCCGCUGAGGACUUCAAGUCCAGGAAUCCUACAGCUGACCAACUGAAGGAGUUCUGUUGAUCGGGGGCUGUGUAAAUCACCGAGCUGUGAUCUGACAAAGCUCCGUGAUCGAUUCUGUAGUGGACUGAUAAAGCAACGCUAAUGGGCCCCCUAGUAUAUGAUUUUCUAUUUAAUAUUUUGCUAAAUGGAGUGCAUCCCUUAUUUCUGUAAAAUAGCGACUAAUGCAAACGUGUCUAUGAUCGUUGUUGUCUUUACAUAAAACACAUAUUUUUAUGUAAUGAAAAGCAUGUAUGUGAUAUUUGAAAACAAAAAGCAACAUGAAAGAUAUGUGGUUAUGGUUA